AUGAAGAUCUUCUAUAUGGGCGUUCUUCGGAACGACUCUCAGCCCGCUUUGCAGCUAUGCGCCGAGAAGGACCUCACCAGUUUCUCUCGUUUUACCCGUCAAAACUAUGAAGAGUUCCUUAUGCUUUUCUGUCGUACGGUCGCCGAGCGCACGAAGCCCGGGCAGCGCCAGGAUAUUGAAGAGAAGUCAUACACAUUUCACGCCUACGGCCGUACAGAGGGUGUCGCCGGUGUGAUUGUCACCGACGGCGAAUACCCCGCCCUGGUUGCCCACCAGCUCCUUAGCAAGAUGGUCGACGAAUUCCUCGCCAAGCACCCUCGCACUGCCUUCUCCGAUCCCUCUCUGCGCGAGGACGCCUGCCCUUUGCCGGCGCUCAAGGAAUACAUUGUCAAGUACCAGGACCCCAGCCAGGCCGAUAGCAUUAUGAAGAUCCAGCAGGAGCUGGACGAGACCAAGAUUGUGCUACACAAGACAAUUGAGAGCGUUCUUGAACGUGGUGAGAAGAUUGACUCCCUGGUUCAGAAGAGUGAUGGGCUUUCUGCCCAAAGUAAGAUGUUCUAUACCCAGGCCAAGAAGCAGAACUCCUGCUGUGUUGUCAUGUAA